AGUCGGUGGACGAGUCUGGGACGGUGGCUGGAUCGAGCGGGUCGCGGGAGGCCGAUGCAGGCGAUGCCAUGCAGAGCGACAAGCCAUGCCCAAGCUCUGAUGACAUCUCAAAUGCUGUUAAUUGUCUGCGAUCAGCAGUCUCCGCUGGUGAGGUUGCUCCUGCCGAUGUCACGAGCCUCAUGCCGCUGCUGCUGGCCUAUGACAAGCGACGCAGUCCGACUCCGCCGUGGGCGCUGAGCAUCAACCUCUGCAUCGACGUGCUGGUGUCGGCGCGCAACGCGCCGCCGCACCAGCUCAUUGCUUUUCUCGCUGAGCUCUUUGUUGAUGCCGGCGAGCUCAUGACCGCGGCGCUUCUCUAUGCCUCACUCCCGCUUGUUGCGCUCUCGGCAAGCACUGCAGACCUUGCUUCACCCAUGAACAUGCUUGGCUUGGGCGAGGACGGCCUCCGCGAGACCUUUGAUCGCCUGGUCAUCAUCGCGUCGACGGUCGCGCGCGUGUAUGGACCAGACGACCCCGCUGUUGGCGAUCUCGUCCACACCGCGAACGUCCUCGGCCGCGCCUCGUUGCAGCAGCUGCCGCCUGUGGAGUCAGCCUCUCUCGCCAUGGGCUGCGUCGCCGACACUCUGCAGCGGAUGCUGGCUAGAGUCAAGGCGGAGGCGGCCGAGCGGGCCGAGCCGCUCUCGCCGCGGCUCACCGCACUUUUUCACCAUGUCAUCCACUUGCUUGUACUCCCGCUGCUUCCGACACCACCACUCGAGUACGCGCUGCUAGGCCUCGGCUCGAUGGCGCGUUCUGAGCUCUCUGCCUCGUCCGACAUCGACUGCAUGGUCCUUGUUGCGUCAAAGCCCACAGCCGAUGAGGCCUCGUGGCUCAACAUCUUCGCUACUCUGAUCGAGCUCUGCAUGGUGGCGUUUGGCGAGACGCAGGCCCACAUCGGACCGUAUGCUGUGCUUUCGCGUCCUGCAGGCUUUCAUCUCGACGAGGCGCUACUCUCGCCGCGGCACAUGCAGCUGACGGUUACCCAGGCCAUUGAGCGGCAACGCGCUGAGCUUCGCCGGCUCGCCACCGAGCCUAACGCUGACAUUGACCCAAUUGCUGGCGCGCUGCGAAACGCGUGCUUUGUUGCAGGCUCCCGGACUCUCUACGGUGAUUACAUCGACAGACUGGCAGAGCUUUUUGCCUCGCCGUCUCAAGAGCUCGGUCUCUACUCUCUCUCGCGCAACUGCUCGAAGACUCACGGUGUGUUUGCGCCGCAGACCAGCACUGGGGCCUUUUCGGGCACUGCACAUCUCAAGCCGCUCAUUCUUCGUCCGAUUUCGUUGCUCGCAGACGGAUGCAUGCUGGCGCUGGCGCCGCAUGAUGCGGCUCGUAUCCUCUUCACAGUCGACCGCCUCGAUUGCCUCUCAGGACCAACGCUUGAGGCUUUCCCUCCGCCAGUCGCCCGGGCGCUGGCUGUCAUUUUUGAGCAGGCAAUGGCGCUGCGGGACGCGUAUGCGCCAUCGUUUGCUACCAUGCAGGCCUUGGCGCACGAUGCUGCUCAGUUGCUCGGCCCGAUCGCUGCCGGCAUCGACGCUCUCUGCACCUCACAGCUGCCGCCCAGGAUGGCCGCUAAGGACGCGCUAGGCAACCCGCUGCUUCACGAAGAGGCACUGCUCCGACUUGCGCUGGACUCAUUUUCGGCGGUGCGGGUCUCGCCUGCAGUCCGGGACGACCCUGAGUUUGAGGGCCAGCGCGCCGCCGUCGCCAGUGGGCUUGGCGACGGCGCAUGCUUUGCCGGCAUCGAGCCACAGAGUGUGCGGUUGCUGAGUCCGGAGGCCGUGGCUGCAUUGGAUGCUACCCCGGCUGCUGUCUUUGCUCUCCCCCGCGCGUCGAUCUUUUGGCGAAACGCGCAGCUGGAGGCAGUUCUCGAACCUGCGGUCUCGCCGCUCGCCACCCGAACGUACCACGCCAUCCACGCACUCGGCGCACUCGCACUCGGCCCGCCUACUGGGCGAAUCUCGGACAUUGCAUUUGCCGGAUCAUCACCUGCGGCUACGUCGGUUUACAUUGUCAUCCGCGGCCAACUCCAAGAGUAUCGGCUCCGGCUGCGGCGGGCCUCGGCGGUGCCACUGACCGAGGCGCUGACGGCGACCUCGAGUACUGUGCUCGAGCGGGUGACCAACUUGCCGCACGUUGCACACGCCGUGCUUCUCUCGCUCUUUGCCGGUCUCGCACACUGCGGGCCGGACGCGUACGAAAUCGACGAGUCGGGCUUACUUUACGUGGGCGGCCCCGAGCCUGCACCCUUCAACUCGUCGGCAUCGCUGGCGUCAAUCUUGCUCGCCUCGCGUGCGGUGCUGGAGAGCACCGUUCCGCAGGCAGUCCACGCUCGACUUGCAGCCCUGGCGCCGCGAGCAGUGGUCGAGGCGUGGAUGAGCGCAGCAUGCAGAGACAACGACGAUCUUGUUCGCCCUGCGUACCUCUCUGUCCUUCUCAACAGGCUCUAUGCCGCCAAGACGGUGGCAGCGUCGCGCGAUGUGGGGACGCUCGCGCUCGGGGAUCUCGCCGGUGCCAUCGACGCCCGGCUAGUCGACCGGUACCGGGCGCGAAUUGCUUCCGAGCGCGGACACACUCCCCUCAAGGUCUUCCGCAAAGUAGCCAAAUCGCUCAGCGAGCCUACUACCCCGAGUGUCUCCGCCUCGACCGCAUCGCUCGCCCAGAUUUGGUCGUCAAUGACCUCGACGUCAUCAGCGCAGGCGGACGACGAGACUGACACACCCGACGCCCGGCUUCGGGCGCUGGCAGCUCUCAAGGUUGAUGCCUGGAUCGAGACAUUUCUGGAGCACUUUCCAUGGGCAUCGGCACAGCUUGAGGUCCAAGUCUCGCUGCUAAACGUGCUUCCGCAGCUCCGCCUGCGGCGGCUGGUACUCUCGGGCUGCACGGCGGUCACAAGCACCCGACUGUCAACGAUCAUGGCGGCAUCACGAGGUUCGCUUGUCGACCUCGAUGUCUCGGGCUGCACUGCGCUCGACUCGCUGUUGUGGAUGACAAGCAAGCGACGGAACUGGGCUCUGGCCCGGGUCAACCUUGCCGGCUGCACCCUGCUCGGCGGCGGCGACGUGGCUGCGCUGGAGGCGGCCGCGCCUCAUCUCGCCUGGCUUCAGCUCUCGUCCGACAUGGAUCUGUGCGGGACGUACUACGAGGUGACCGCCGGAUCGCCGAGUCUUGUGCGACAGGCAGUCCGGCCGCAGAUCCGCAUUGCUCUGGAUGCUUUGGUCCGGCCCGAGCCGACUCCGAGGUUCGUGACAGCGUCGACGCUGGCUAUCUGCCGGGCCGACUUUUCCAAAGCCGGGCUGCACGAUGAGUUUGGAGUGGCACUGGCACGCGUGCUGCUCGACAAGCGAGCGCCGCAUGUAACUGAUGUUUCGGUGGCGGGAAACGAGCUGACUGCCGUUGGCGUCCUCGCGCUAGUCAAUGCUUUUGCGUCGGCCGACGACCAGUCGCGACUGGUGUCGGUCACGGUGGCGGACAAUGCAUUCGAUGUCGAUGGCGAUGCUGACUUGCGGAUGCUGCUUUUGCGGAUGUCGUCAAGUCUCCGGAUGAGCGGUCGCGUGCUCGACUACGGCGUGCAGCCAGCGUCGCGGGCUGUGUUCUUCGGCGACUCUGGCAUGGACGUGUCGAUGGUGGCUGACGCGGCGAUCAACCCGAGUGGCGACCGGCUGGCGUGGCUUGCCCAUCCGGGUGUUUGGGUUGCCACCAUCCGGGAGGACGACGACGGGUACGGAAUCCAGAUUCCUAUCUGGACUCGUGUUGUGUGCCGGGACGUGUGCGCCGUCGAGUGGCUCUCGGACGAUGUGCUGGUGCUGGGUACGAGCGGCGGAGCGGUCGGUACAGCGCGGCUAGAUGGCCAUGAUCCGGCGUUUGGCUGCAUCCACGCCGGCGAUGCAGUGACAUCGAUGGCAGUCCUGCCUGGCGAGCGGGUUCUAGUUGGGCGAGCCUCGGGCGUUCUCCACGAGGUGGAGCUGUCCGAGGUGGCAUACGAGGCCGAGUCGCUUGUUUUGCACUCGUCACCAAUCCAUGCCUUGGCAAUUCUUCCAGACUCGCGGGUGGCGACCGCAAGCUUUGACGGCGUCGUCGGUUUGUGGCUGCGGGCCGGGGCGGGAUGGGUUCUCUUGGAUCACUGGCGGGCGCCGACCGGAAGCGAGAUAGGCCCGAUGGUUGCGACGGCCGCGGGCGAGCUCUUGGUUGCACUGGCGCACCCGACCCAGCUCUUGGCAGUUGCUUUUGAGGGGAGCAAGCCGGCAGCUCGAGUGGUGUGGGAGGUGGACGAUGGCGCGGAGGGUCUUUGCGUGGUGACACACCUCACGCCAUGGGCGGGGCGAUGUGUUUCGCGCGAUGGCCUGACGCGAGUAGUCGAGCUGGACGACGAGACGACGAACGUGCGGCGAGCACCCGGCCUGCUCUGUCCUGUACGUUCGGCGGUGCGCUGGUACUGGCUGGUGUGGGACUGCGAUGUGUUUGGGGUGGUGGCGGACGGGAGCCUUCCGCGGCCGCACCGGCAGUUUGAUCUGUGCGAGCUGCAGCGGUCUGUGUAAGCGAGUGGUUGAUGGACGGGCGGCUAAACCAGAGCGGCGCGGA